UGUACAGUAAACUUAGCUACUUCCUCCUUCCAAGAUCACGCGCUCAUGAAGCAUCUACGGCGUGUGCUGGCCUGCGACGGAGGACGGCCCUGCCCCCGCGGAGCUGCGGUCUUGUCGGGAGGACAGGUGACGGCAGCACGGUGUGGUCGUGGUCAGCUGGCAAACUUUAUCGUCCCCUCCCGGCCAGGAGCCCGCCAGUGUGAACCUGGCAACCUCACACGUUUUGUGCCACAAGAUGGGAUAGAAAUAAGCUUCAGUAAAUAAAUUAUCGGAGCUAAGCCCCUGUUCUCUCAGGCCAACAAUGCAGCAUCUCCCCGCUCCCAGAUACGUGGCGGCAGGUGGCCGCUCUACUUUUCUGGAGGCAUCUGCUCCAGCUGCUGGGAGUCCAACCCUCACCCAGCCCAUCACCCCACCCAGACCAUCUGCAGCGUCUUCAGUCAGAUGCCGCACUCCGCUCUCUCGAGGCCAGCAUUACCAGGUCAUCUAGUCCCAAGGCACCCCGGCUGAAUCAGGGACACGGUAUCUCUUCCUCUAGGAAAGCUCCCCCCCAACCAAGCCCGGCAAGGGCAAUUCACUGGCUCAGCGGAUAGAGUGUGUAACUCUUGAUCGCAGGGUUGUGAGUUCAAGUCCCACACUGGGCAUGGAGCCUUCUUCGGGGUGGGGGGGGGGGGAGGAAAAGAAAUAGCACCCCUCUGCAAAACACUGCCUGCCCUGUUUCUGACGGGAGUGCGAAACUCCCGCAGUGGGGAACCUUGUGGUAUCUACCAAACUACCCAUAUCGCUGCCUCUUGACCCAGUGGUUCUAUUUCUGGGAAUUUACAUCUGUGCAAUGGUAUUGAGAGCACCGUUGUUUGCAAUGGAAGACUGGAAACCCCCCGUAUUCAUCGUAGGGAUGGGAUUGGAUGGACAUUGGUGCAUCCACAUAAUGGAAUCAAACAGCCAUUUUUUAAAAAGAGGAAGUUUUCCAGGUACUAGAUAUUGCAUGGUAUGCAGAAUAUGUUUUUAAGUGAAAAAAGAUGUGAAAUUAUAGAGCACCCGUGUUCCCUGGACGGAGGCAGGUAAGCAUCCCAUGUUCGGCCUGGGAUGGGCAGGUGAGCCCACAGCCACGUUGGCAGAGCCCAGCCUCUCAGCCAGGAGGGCCUCAGCAUGGAGAGGUGGGAAGAGGGUCCCUGGAGACAGACCACCCCCCAGGCAUGGGAUGUGCAGAGCCCUGGCCGUCCAGUGUGGCCUGCUGGGGGCUCAAAAAGAGGAGCCUGCUAGUGCCAAACUUCCCACCGCUUUCCAGCUUGGUCAAGAGCCAGCUCCUCUCUCUGUAAAGGAACAGAUUAUCUCGAGUGAGGUUAGUGGGAAGGGAGGAGAAGCAAAAGGAAGGAGGGACUGGGCCCAGGGUCAGCAACCGACCCUCAACCCAACCAUAAGGGCUGCAGCUGGGAGUCUGAAAGGCCAUUAAGUCACCCCCAGCCCCAACUUCUCUCUAGGAUCCCUUCAAGCCUUCCCCGGGAUUGCUGCGGUUUUCUGCUGGCGCCUCUGGUCUCCAUGGCCGCGCCCCCCCCCCCCCCAACUCACCGCACUAAUGGCUCAGCCUGGGCCCCCAGGGACCUUCCCUGCCCCCCAGACUGCUCCGCGGGCCCCCGGCCCCCACACUGCUGUAACCCAAUCCUCUGCGGCAGCUCCGGCUCAGCAGAGCAGUCUCCAGCACAGCGGCCCCUGCUUUCCACACCAGCUGCGCCCCACCUGGUCUCUCCCGCCGAGCUCCAGGAGCCCCAGUCCGGCGCUGAGCCUAGUGGAACCCCAGCUUGCUCCUGGAGACCACUGAGCCAAACCUGCUGCACCAGCGCCUCCCCACCUCCCGGUCUGGGCUCCUCUCCCCAUCCCUGUCCUCCCCUCGCCUCGCCCACAGCGACCCCCGCCUGGCCACCGCAAUCCUCUUAGCACCUCCUGGUCCUCAGACUGACCCUCUUUCCUCCUUCCAAGCCCCUGCAGCCUGGUCACCACCCUCCGGCCCUCUCAGUGUCUCCCGCCCUGGGCCUCGGCCAUGAAGCCCCAUCCCGGGCCAGAGGAGGCUCGGCGGCCGGCCUCGGACAUCCGCGUGUUCGCCAGCAGCUGCACCCUGCAUGGGCUGGGCCACAUCUUUGGCCCCGGAGGCCUGACGCCUCGCCGAGGGCUGUGGGCCACUGCCGUGCUCCUGUCGCUGGCUGCCUUCCUCUACCAAGUGGCUGAGAGGGUGCGCUACUACGGGGAGUUCCACCACGAGACAGCCCUGGACGAGCGCGAAAGUCACCGGCUCACCUUCCCCGCUGUCACCCUGUGCAACAUCAACCCGCUGCGCCGCUCCCGCCUCACGCCCAACGACCUGCACUGGGCCGGGCCCGCACUGCUGGGUGUGGAGCCCGCUGACCAUGCCGCCUUCCUGCGCGCCCUGGGCCAGCCCCCUGCACCACCCGGCUUCAUGCCCAGUUCGACCUUCGACAUGGCUCGACUGUACGCCAGGGCCGGGCAUAGCCUGGAGGACAUGCUGCUGGACUGCCGCUACCGAGGCUGGCCGUGCGGGCCUGAGAACUUCACCGUGAUCUUCACCCGGAUGGGUCAGUGCUACACCUUUAAUUCUGGCGCCGACGGGGCAGAGCUUCUCACCACUCCCAAGGGCGGCAUGGGCAACGGGUUGGAGAUCAUGCUGGAUGUGCAACAGGAUGAGUAUCUGCCCGUGUGGAGGGACAUGGAGGAGACCCCGUUUGAGGUGGGGAUCCGAGUGCAGAUUCACAGCCAGGAGGAGCCGCCCACCAUCGACCAGCUGGGCUUCGGGGCAGCCCCCGGCUACCAGACCUUUGUGUCCUGCCAGCAGCAGCAACUGAGCUUCCUGCCACCACCAUGGGGCGACUGCAGCUCCGCAUCUCUGGACCCCGACUUUGAGCUGGAGCCUUCGGAUCCCCUGGGUUCCCCCAGCCCCAGCGCAGGCCCCCAGUCUCCCUAUAGUCUAAUGGGGUGUCGUCUAGCCUGUGAGACGCGCUAUGUGGCUCGGAAGUGCGGCUGCCGAAUGAUGCAUAUGCCUGGCGGCGCGCCAGUGUGCAGCCCCCAGCAGUACAAGGACUGCGCCAACCCGGUCCUCGACGCCAUGCUGCGGAAGGACGCGUGCACCUGCCCCAACCCGUGCGCCAGCACGCGCUACGCCAAGGAGCUCUCCAUGGUGCGGAUCCCGAGCCGCGCCUCCGCCAGCUUCCUGGCCCGGAAACACAACCGCAGCGAGGCCUACAUCGCAGAGAACGUGCUGGUGCUGGACAUCUUCUUCGAGGCCCUCAACUAUGAGACAGUGGAGCAGAAGAAGGCCUACGAAGUGUCGGAACUCCUCGGUGACAUUGGGGGCCAGAUGGGGUUGUUCAUCGGAGCCAGCCUGCUCACCAUCCUUGAGAUCCUGGACUACCUCUGUGAGGUGUUCCGGGACAGGGUCCUGGGAUACUUCUGGAACCGAAAGCACUCCCAAAGGCAUUCUAGCACCAAUCUGCUUCAGGAAGGGCUGGGCAGCCACCGAACCCAAGGUCCCCACCUCAGCCUGGGCCCCAGGCCUCCCACCCCUCCCUGUGCUGUCACCAAGACUCUGUCUGCCUCCCACCGCACCUGCUACCUCGUCACACGGCUCUAGACCUGACGUCUGUGUCUUCAGGGCUGCACCCUCACAUCCAGGAUGUGCCCUGCCUGCUCAUGUCUCUGCCCUCUUCACCCCAAAUAAAGUUCUAGUGCCUCA